AUGGGGUGGAAAGAAGCCGUUUGGUCAUUCUGUCGCGACGACCGCGUGCACCUGGUCGGUAUUGGCCUCGCAACGUUUGGCCUUGUCCGUUCCAUAAUUACCGUUUUGACCAUCAUUCGCGAUGAAAACAAAAUCCCACCAAAGGAGCCUAAGGCGCAAUACAUCACUCAGGAAACGGAAGAUUCCCUAAGGCUCGAUACUUUGGAGAAGCUUUUAGUGCACCCUAAUUAUUCCGUCAGGGAGGUUGCCACCAAGAUAUUGUGUGAUAGAGCCAUCAACGAUCCUCAAACUCUCCUUACGCUUCUCUAUGGAAUUACUCGGCCAGAUUACGAAGAGCGUAUGAGAUGUCUUCGAGCUCUUGCUCUGCUUACUGGACAGACCAUGGGCCUCGAUGGCUUAGCUCAACUUAAUAGUGACAAGGCGUACUCGGCAUUGGUGAGGUCGCUGGAAUUAAGUCUCGAAGACGCAGAACCUCCAGACUUGACGAAUAGCCACUGGGAUGAAUAUUAUCUUCGUGACAUGGCCGAAAGAUUUAACCUCAUGUUCAUCCACGAGUUAAUCACCAAAUAUCCCAGUCAGGCACUUAUCAAGGCUAGGUUCGUGGAAAAGUGGCUCGCAAAACAGAAAUGGGGAGACGAUCCGGUUGCACGCCGCGACAAUUUCAAGGCAUACAUGCACCUCAAAGACAAUAGGCUUGUGGACAUUGUUGAUAAGUUAAAACGUUCUAGGAGAGGCUUGAGAGCCUUGGAACAGGCUGGCUUGAUCGACGAUUCCAGGCAGCAGAUCCGAACUCCGGACAUGAUUAUGGAGAUUGAAGAAGAAAUUGUGGGGGAAAGCCCUUCCGUAAAUCGCGUUCUAAGGCCUAUGCGAGAGACUUCUGUGGAGGAGCAGCGACUUCGACGCCAGCACCGCGAAGCAAUGGUCCUCAACGAUGGCACGAGGCCUCUCGGAAGAGAAGACAUUAUAGAAAGGGACCAUGGGUCGCCACCAUAA